AUGUUUGCUGACAGGAACCUUCAUGGUCGCCUCUUCUACAAGAGGAGACCCAAAAUGAUCCCAAACUGGAAGUUCAACACUCGGUCCAAGUGGCUGGAGGGAGCAGGAAACAGGAAAGGUGUGUGCACUAAGGUCUUCGUACAAUCUCCGAGGAAGCCUAACUCUGGACUCCGAAAAGUUGCUUUUGUCCGUCUCUCAAACGGGCGUGUGGUGAAGGCCUACAUUCCGGGCAUUGGUCACAAUUUACAGGUUCAUUCAGUCGUCAUGGUCAGGGGUGGCAAGCGUGCAGAUGUGCCCGGGUGCAGUUAUACGUGCAUGCGUGGAUUGUACGACCUUCUUCCCGUCAAGAAUCGCAAGAGUUCGCGAUCAAAGUACGGCGUCAAGCGGCCAAACUAUGAGUCCAACCGGUCUCGCUUCAAACAAAUCUAUACUGACGUUGACCGCAGACUGCAUUUCUACAGGACUGGGGAGGAGCUUGGUCCCGAGGACGACGUCAAAAAGGAACCUGGCAUCAG